AUGGUUUACUCGGAUGCGCAACCAGGGCCCUCUACGACAGGUCACAAAUUCACAAAUAAUCCCAAUUACACGAAUUAUCAAAGCCAGAAUAUGGAGAUCUCCCCUGUCCUUUCCGUACCUCAUGAUGAAAAUUAUAGAAUGCCAGCACCAAUAUGUCUUACGGACGACUUGAUAACAACUUUUGGCCUAUUUGAUGCGUUUCAGCGACAAGUCAUUGGGUAUAAUAAGCAACAGCCUUCAGGCUUUCAGUCCAUACCAAGCGGAAACAACGCAUUAGGGUCCAGCUCGGCUACAGGCACAAGCCUCGCCGGUGCUGCAGGAGCGGCCCCAAGCGUGGGUACAGCUACAAAUGCGUAUGGAGAUGAUGCCGCAGGGGCCGCAAAGAAGGAGAAGAAAAGGGAAAAAGAUCUUUACAAGACAUUAUUCAAGGAUCUCCCGGGCAAACACGACACCAAACGGGAUCGCUACUUGUCUGACCUUGUCAUGCAACCGCCCAAGGAGGGCAGGAUCAUGCUACUCGACGAUGCUAUGGCCGAAAUGGCGUUUACAAUAUUUGACAUUCCUCAGCUCAACAAUGAAGAGGAGGACAGCAAGAAGAAAAAGAAAAAGCGAAAAAGGGAACAAGAGCAAGGUUCCAUGUCCAUUGCACCGACCCCUGCCCAUCUACCGACACCAGGGGGCCCGUUGCCGGCUAAGCAAUCCAAACCAGAAAUUGACGCAUCCAUGUCUCAGCGGCCGGCGAAACGGGCACGGCAGGAUAACUAUCCUCUGCCGAUUCAGCAGCCGACUCCGCAAGGCUGA